AUGAUUCUUCUUAAUUGUCCUACUAUUUGUCCUAACAGCACCUUUCAGGCAUUAUCAGUCGUAAAAAAGAAGAAAGUUGCCGGCGCUGCUAAUGAAUUUUCUGCAGAUUUUUCAUUUGAAUGCAGCGCCGAGGACAAGAUUGAUCGCGAUGAAGCGGCCUUGAAGAAGUAUUUACGCAAGGAGGUGGACUCAACGCUUGACGAGAAAAUUGCUGCCAUACGCAAAGCGAAAAAUACAGCCAAAGAUGUAGAAGUUGAAAUGAAUAACGAUGAUGAGAAUGUUGAACAGUUGGGAGCACUAGAUGCUAAAGGUUUGUCCUACGGAUAUUUAUCAUGUUCAGAUAGAUUACGAGAAAAGAAGAAGACGGGUCGUAGAAGCACUCAGAAGCAAGACAGUUUCUUCGAGGAAGCGAUGGAGAUAUCAGACUCGAUUACUUUUGAACAAAUGAAUCUAUCAAGGCCUAUGUUAAAAGCAAUUACUGCUGCUGGAUACACAGAACCUACUCCUAUUCAAGCUGCUUGUAUACCAGUUGCUCUGGCAGGUAAAGACAUUUGCGCAUGCGCGGCUACAGGAACCGGCAAGACAGCUGCGUUUGUUUUACCAAUCCUGGAGCGACUUUUGUAUCGACCAAGUGCUCGUUCAUGUACUCGAAUUUUGGUGCUCGUUCCGACUAGAGAGCUUGCCAUACAAGUUUUUCAGGUAAAUUGA